AUGCUGAAAAGGAGUUCAAAGCACAAGCCGGCCACAAAAGUUCAACCUCAAAGCAGGACUUUAGUAGGUGGGUGGUGCUCGACUGGAGCUGCAAGGAUAGUGCAGCGGGGGAAAGAGGAUUCGCAACACAAAGUAAAACAAAGAGUGGCCCUUAAUGAUGGAAAGGCAGGGGAAGUGUUAGGAGCUCUCAAGGAGCCGCCUGUCGCCAGGCCCGGCGGCGGCGGCGAUGGCGGCGAUGGCUCGGCAGUUUUCCCUCAGUGGGAUGUUGUCACUGUCUUUGUGCGCGUGUCAACAAGGCCCGCCGGGGUCUGGACACACCUGCCGAUGGUUGACACCAGCAGCGCCACAAACAUGGCUGGAGUUAUCCGGAGGCUCGACGAGACUGUCGUCAACCGCAUAGCAGCCGGGGAAGUUAUCCAGCGUCCUGCCAACGCCGUAAAAGAAAUGAUCGAAAACUGCUUGGAUGCCAAGUCCACCAGCAUCCAGGUGACAGCCAAGGACGGCGGUCUGAAAUCCCUCCAGAUUCAGGACAACGGCACAGGCAUUAGGAGGGAUGACAUGGAAAUAGUUUGCGAACGCUUCACCACCAGCAAACUCCAGACCUUUGAGGACCUCUCAGCCAUCGCCACCUACGGAUUCAGAGGAGAGGCCCUGGCCAGUAUAAGCCACGUGGCCCAUGUGACCAUCACCACAAAGACGGCGGAUGCAAAGUGUGCCUACAGAGCGAGCUACAGUGACGGGAAACUGAAAGGCCCUCCUAAACCGUGCGCCGGCAACCAGGGGACGCAGAUCCUCGUGGAGGACCUUUUUUACAACGUGUCCACCAGGAGGAAAGCUCUCAAGAGCCCCAGCGAUGAGUACUCCAGGAUUGUAGAGGUGGUCAGCAGGUACGCCAUACACAAUUCAGGGAAAAGUUUCUCUGUUAAAAAGCAAGGAGAGACUGUGGCGGACGUGAGGACCCUGCCCAACGCCUCGGUGGUGGACAACAUCCGGAGCGUGUUUGGAAAUGCCGUCAGCAGGGAGCUGAUCGAGGUCGGAUGCGAAGACCCCAAGCUCGCUUUCAAGAUGAAAGGCUACAUCUCCAACGCAAACUACUCGGUCAAGAAGUGCAUCCUGAUUCUGUUCAUCAACCAUCGGCUGGUGGAGUCGACGGCUUUGAAGAAGGCGGUGGAGACGGUUUACGCCGCCUACCUCCCCAAGAACACGCACCCCUUUCUGUACCUCAGGUGGGUGGCCGGCUCAGGGUCCUGGCUGCGGCCAGCUCUGUGCAGUCUAGUGUCCCACCGCCCGCUCUCUGCUCCACACAGCCUGGAGAUCUCGCCGCAGAACGUGGACGUCAACGUGCACCCCACCAAACACGAGGUGCACUUCCUCCACGAGGACGCCGUGGUGGAGAGCGUCCAGAAGCACGUGGAGAGCAAACUGCUGGGCUCCAACUCCUCGCGCACGUACUUCACCCAGACGCUGCUGCCGGGGCUGCCGGUGUCCGGCGCAGCAGAGGCCAAAGCGCCGGGCGCCCCGGCCGAGGCCGCCGAGCGGGUCUACGCACACCAGAUGGUGAGGACCGACUGUCGAGCCCAGAAGCUGGACGCCUUCCUCCAGCCGAGAGGGAAGCCGGCCUCACCGCCCCGGUCACCACCGCCGGCCGACCCGGAGCCGGCCGGCCCCAGCAGCGGACAUGCUGCCAGCGAGGCCGCCCAGGACGGCGCAGAGCUGGACGAUGCCGACAUGCUGGAGGUCCUGGCUGAAGGCGGGGAGGGCGGCGCUGAUGCUGAUCAGGAUGCUAUAAGGAAGCGACCGAGGAAAGAGCCGCAGCCAGAGGAGGAGGAAGACGAGGACCUAACGGCGGCAGACACUCCCAAGAGGAGAGCCAUCAAGCUGACCAGCAUCAAAGAGCUGAGGGCCGAAAUCAGUGAGAACACACACCAAGGCCUUCAGGAGAUGCUGCAGAACCACUCCUUCGUGGGCUGCGUCAACCCCCAGUGGACUCUGAUCCAGCACCACACCAAACUCUACCUGCUCAACACCACCAGACUCAGCCAGGAGCUCUUCUACCAGAUCCUCAUCUAUGACUUUGGGAAUUUCGGCGUGCUCAGACUGUCGACUCCGGCUCCUCUCUAUGACCUGGCCAUGCUGGCUUUGGACUCCGAGGAGAGCGGCUGGACGGAAGAGGACGGCCCCAAAGAGGGCCUGGCGCAGUACAUCGUGGAUUUCCUGAAGGGGAAGGCCGACAUGCUGGAGGACUACUUCUCCCUGGAGAUCGACCAGGAAGGAAACCUAACAGGGCUCCCGCUGCUGCUUGACAAAUACACCCCCAUCAUGGAGGGUCUCCCCAUGUUCGUCCUGCGCCUGGCCACCGAGGUGAACUGGGACAACGAGAAGGAGUGCUUCAGGGACUUCAGCAAAGAGUGCAGCAUGUUCUACUCCAUCAGGAAGCAGCUCAUCCUGGAGGCCGAGCCCGGGGAGGAGCGGGAGGCAGAGGGGAACUCUUGGCGUCGGAAUGUGGAGCACAUCAUCUUCAAAGCUUUUCGGACACUCUUCAGCCCCCCGAAGAGCUUCAGCGAGGACGGCACCGUGCUGCAGAUCGCCAACCUGCCCGACCUCUACAAAGUGUUCGAGAGGUGCUGAGCGCCUCAGGACGGACUUAAAAAACCCAACCAGGAAGAGCGCCGCUCUUUUGCAUCCACUGUCGAUUUGCCUGCUGUAAAUAAACACUUUAUACAAAG